UUUACAUUUCAACUUCAAUUGGAGUAGGGACGUCCCAUGGUUUACGGUUAGCACGGACCCCAUCAGUUUAUUGAGCAAUAUCUACCUCGACCUCAACGCUCGUGGUCUGACUGUGCAGUGACUGAGGAAUAGUUCCAACUUCCUCGAACUUGUUGGUUUAGUUUCGUUUCCUUCGUAUAACGCAGCUGCUGAUCGACACAUUUCUCCAUUUUGCUGUGUUCGUUUGUCUGGCUAGCCUACAUCUCCGGGAUAAAGAGUCUGGGUCAGACACAUCGUAGGCUAUUAUAUUGGUUUGAAAGUCGAAUAAUAGAAACAGUCAAAAUGAAGAAGGUAAUUCUGUUCGUGUUUAUACUCAGCGCUAUUGUCUCAGCGCUGGCAUCUGCUCAAGAGGAUACCAAAAGAUCCAAACCAUCUGUAACUGUCUUCCCCGCCUCUGAGUUUGGCGCCACGUCCAACACUACCACAACCUCUACUACACCUACGACUGCAUUACCCACCACAGAAUCCCAGAAUGAUACCACCACAGCAGCUCCUACUACAACUCUUACACCCAUCACGACUGCAUCCAAUACCACCACAGCUGCCCCCACAACAGCCAAUACCACCACAGCUGCCCCCACAACAGCCAAUACCACCACAGCUGCCCCCACAACAGCCAAUACCACCACAGCUGCCCCCACAACAGCCAAUACCACCACAGCUGCCCCCACAACAGCCAAUGCCACAACAGCCAAUGCCACCACAGCUGCCCCCACAACAGCCAAUGCCACCACACAUGCUCCCACCACUACUGCCACUACACAACCGCAGCCCACCCCUCCUGCUAACCUGACCGUGGGAAACUACACUCUCAAGUCGGAGAAGGGUCUGUGUCUGAUGGCCCAGCUGGCCCUGCAGAUCAGAGUGGAAGACACUGGAAAGACAGGGGUAUUCAUCGUUCAACCAGUGCAGACAUAUGCUGAAGGGGGCUGUGAGAAAUCCACGGCCAACUUAACCCUCAAGUUCACGGAGGGCUUCAUCACAUUCAUGUUUAAUAAGAACACUACCCAAAACGCUGUCUAUGUCGACACGGUUUCUUUCUCUCUUUCCUACCCGUUAACGUCUGGAGACAACGGCAAAACGUCUCUACCCUACGUCGCCAAGAAUGGGUCACUGGAUCUCUUCCACGCUAAGGUUGGCCACUCCUACUCCUGCAAGAGCGAAUCAGUUUUCAUGGGAAAAGGGCUCUAUCUGGACAUCACCCAGGACAGGAUACAGGCCUUCAACAUCACCAAGGAGUGGGACUUCGGCACAUCUGACCCCUGCCCCGCCGACAGACCUGCUGACUACCGCGUGGCCAUUGCUGUGGGGAUUGUCCUCCUUAUCCUCAUCAUCAUCGUGGUGGUGGCCUAUCUCCUGAGCAGGCGAAAAAGAUCAGAUGGCUACCAGUCCCUCUGAAGAGCCACUCAGGGGUCAAAGGGCGCACUGUAUCAGCUCACAGUCUCAAUACACCCACCAUCGUGUUUUUGUCACUUGCUGUUAACUGUUAACACUGCUGUAACCCCAACUGUUCACACAAACUAACCAACUGUACCGCUCACACACAAACUAACUAACUGUACCGCUCACACACAAACUAACUGUACCGCUCACACACAAACUAACUAACUGUACCGCUCACACACAAACUAACUAACUGUACCGCUCACACACAAACUAACUAACUGUACCGCUCAUACACAAACUAACUAACUGUACCGCUCACACACAAACUAACUAACUGUACCGCUCACACACAAACUAACUAACUGUACCGCUCACACACAAACUAACUAACUGUACCGCUCACACACAAACUAACUAACUGUACCGCUCAUACACAAACUAACUAACUGUACCGCUCACACACAAACUAACUAACUGUACCGCUCACACACAAACUAACUAACUGUACCGCUCAUACACAAACUAACUAACUGUACCGCUCACACACAAACUAACUAACUGUACCGCUCACACACAAACUAACUAACUGUACCGCUCAUACACAAACUAACUAACUGUACCGCUCAUACACAAACUAACUAACUGUACCGCUCACACACAAACUAACUAACUGUACCGCUCAUACACAAACUAUCUAUAUGGAUAAGAUGAGGGAAUAUUUCAGCGUUGUAGACCGGCAGUUUCAUUUAAGUUGAUUUGUACAUUCAUUAAUUGAGGUGGAUCAUAUGUAUUGGAUCAGAUACUAGGAUUCAAAUAUACUGACUUUGAAUAUACUCACUCUGAACUUUUUGGCUGCUGAACAUUUUAGAUUGUGUCAUUUGUGCUACUGUGAUAUCCGGUGCUACUGUGAUAUCCGGUGCUACUGUGAUAUCCGGUGCUACUGUGAUAUCCGGUGCUACUGUGAUAUCCGGUGCUACUGUGAUAUCCGGUGCUACUGUGAUAUCCGGUGCUACUGUGAUAUCCGGUGCUACUGUGAUAUCCGGUGCUACUGUGAUGUCCGGUGCUACUGUGAUAUCCGGUGCUACUGUGAUGUCCAGUGCUCGACAAACCAUCAACUAUUGUGUCUGUAUUUGUUUUACCUUCUACGUCAGAAACUUUCAGUGCAGUAUUUCACAAUGUGCUUUCUACUAUAGCUGGAUUUUGAACCUAUGCUGUCUUGUUUUUCUUUUCUUCUUAUUAUUAAUUUCUUUGUGUUUGUACCACUGCCCUCAACCCUUUAGAACGGCCUAUUAGGCUAUUUGAUUUCCGAAUCGUAAUCUAGAUGAGGUUAAUCAUGGGCCUUUAAAAAAAAACAAUGUAUUCCACUCAGUUAAUCAAAGGGAAUGUUUCAGAUUUUAAAUGUAAAGUUUUGUCAAAGGGAGGCAUACUUUUGAAUGUAAAUCGCAAUUUGUGUUUUCAAUUUCUUGUCUAUUUGUCUCAAGUGUUUUGUUGACCAUUAUUUGCUAUUACACACUCUUUCCCUUGUGAUGUGGUAAUAAUUUGGUAUGUAAACAUGUUCGAGAACAUUUUAUUAGUCGAAUGUGACAACCAUAAGUAAUUGCAGGACCACUGAGUGUUUAUCUUGUCAACUUUGACAGUGGUCAGAUAGCUUGAGGUAGAAGUUGCCUUUAACCACAGAUAUAGAAUCAGAUGACCUAAACCGGCCAAUCAAUAAGGAGGAAAAAAGGAAUACAAAUAUAUGACUCUGGGGCAAAUUGCAUUGUAAGGGAUUACAUUUGGGAUCAGAAAGCACAGUGAACAAGUUCUGACUCAUCUAAACAUAGGGAAUAUUACUGUUCUAUGUUGCCACAGUUACAGGUUCCUAAUGUUGAUUAUGGCCUCAAUUACUAUUCUUUUAGUUUAAUUUAAUUUAGGAAAAAAUUACUUUGAUUUGUUUACAUGUUAUUAUUAUGUGCCAUGUAUCAUCUUGGAAAAAAAGGUUGAGAAAUGAAAACAUCCCAAAUAAACUUGUAUUAAUGUGUAAA